GAAUCGGGUCACCUGUUGAAGGGACAGGCAAAAUGUCUCAUUGGCUUGGAUCAAGCCUCCAGGCGUCAGCCGUUGCCAAUCACGGCCAAUCCAGCCUCGGAGCUACGGCGGCCGAGGGGAAAGGGUUAAGCCAGAGUCAAGGGCGGAUUGGUCCCUCUUCUGUACGUAGCGGUUGAGUCUGGCUUGCCGGGCCUUGUUGCUCCCCUUGGCUCCUCCCCUCAGCUCCCCGGCAUGGAAGGCCGGAGGGCCGGUUGGAGGGACUUCGAGAGACCCUGCGAAGAAGAGGCGGAGGAGGACGAGAAGGCGGAAGCGCGAGAAGAAGCGUCGGCCGUUGGGGAGGCCGGAGCGGCGGCGCCUGAAUCCGACUGGUCUUUCAUCGACUGCGACAUGGAGACGGUCUCCCUACAGGAUCUGCCCAGCGCGCUCAUCGCGUGCAACCUGCCUUUGGGAGUCUUCUUCGCCGACGGCCCGUGCAGGGCCAAAUUUGAAACACUGUUUAGAACAUAUGACAAGGAUGUCACCUUUCAAUAUUUUAAGAGUUUUAAAAGAAUAAGGAUAAACUUCAGCAACCCUUUGUCAGCAGCAGAUGCUAAAAUUCAGUUACAUAAGACGGAGUUUCUUGGGAAGGAACUGAAACUGUAUUUUGCUCAGACUUUGCAUAUUGGAAACCCACAUUUAGCACCACCAGAUCCAGAAAAACAGUUCUUGAUUUCUCCUCCAGCUUCUCCCCCUGUUGGUUGGAAACAAGCAGAAGAUGCCACACCAGUUAUUAAUUAUGAUCUUUUAUAUGCAAUCUCCAAACUAGGACCAGGAGAAAAAUACGAACUUCAUGCAGCAACUGACUCCACUCCCAGUGUUGUUGUCCAUGUUUGUGAUAGUGAUGAAGAAGAAGAAGAGGAAGAAGAUUCAGUCAAGAAACCAAAACCAAAAAUUAUUCAAACCAGGAGGCCAGACUACACACCUUCUUACCAAAGCUGAACUGUAGAUAGAGCUUUCUCAAGUGUUAUAAAACUGACAUGCUCAAAAGGAGAAGCUGAGGAGCUGUGGAUGGUUAAAACUUGGAUGACAUUAGAUGUAGAGGUGGAAACUCUGUCUUAGAGAUACUUUAAGAAAGGGAAUGUCUUCAUUUCUAUGUUUUUAAUGCUCCACAAUGGCUGAUGAGACCGAUCCCAACAUGAUCUUCCUAAAUGUCUUGGAGAGGGUGAAGGCAUUAGGUGGAGGGAUAGAAACCAUUGGUGUGGUGGAGAGAUUUUCAGGUACUCUCAGCCUCUGCUACAAAGCAGCCUUCUCUGUAUAUCUAUUCAAUAAUUAAUUCCUCUGAUUCAUAGAUUAGACAUUGUGGCUGCCAUUCUAAAAUACAUUCAUGGGUGAAUGAGUCCCACUGGAACCAACACAACAUAGAAGCGCGUGUAUUUGGGAUUUCAGUUUAUACACAGUAUGUGAUAACAGUUUAAAGAUGAAGCAAGAGGAUUAAUUUUUUGUAUUAGUUUUUUGCAUGCAUAGAGAACUUCAAAAGUAAGUUUGCUUAUUUUUUCUGUCAUUUCUAAUUUUAUAUUGCUGAGAAUAAUGAAAAAUUAUCUCAAGUACUGACUUCCUAGGCUUCUUUCUGAAUUAUGGGUUUAAUUGCUGUUCACUUUUCAGUGGGAACACAUUUUUAAUUUACACCUUCCAUUUUGAUGCAAUAUCCCUUUUUGAUGUUAACUGCCUGUGUUUGGUUUUAUAUAACAAUCUUAUGAAAUGUGUAUACUUAAGCAGGAAGGUAACUUUAAAUUCUAAAUGAACUUAUUUAUAUUGGUUUAAGAUAUCUUAAUUUCAAACAGAAAUAUGUGAAGACUUGUGGGAAAAGCUUUUGCUGUAUUACAGUUCACAACAGUGAGAGAAUAUAAGCUGUAUUGUCCUAGCCACAAAUCUGUAUGUUUAUAGCUGUUUCUAUUAUAUGUUGUCAGGGGUAUUUGAGCAUGUUUAAUGUAUAAACAAAUGGGGAAUGUGGCAUUUAAGAAGAAUGGAGUACCUUUUGCCCAGAUAUUCCUGAGGGGAUUGUUGCACUAGCUGAAAGAUUUUGGUUUUUUGUUUAUUGGCAGUGGAUAUUUUAUAUCAAUGUGUUCUGCUUAGGCAUCAUAGUAUGGUGUAACUUGGUGUUUGAUGCCAAGCUUUGCUCUAAGAGCAGCAUUCGGUUAUCUGCUGUUAAAAGUGAGCAGCAAACAUUGUUCAGUCUCUCUCUUUUUGGUGUCAUGUUUACAAAAACUAACUGCACAGUGACACCCGACUUCAAGUGUUCCUAGGAAUCUUCUUUGAAUAAGAAUGCUUUAAAUGGAUUUUAAGAAGAUUUUUACUAAAUUAACACUCUUUGCUAUUCGUGAGGACUAAGCAAAGGCAUGUUCUCUUUUUUUUAGAAAAAAUGAGGGAUUUCAUUAUUUACAAGAUCUACCACCAUGUUUGUAACAAUUGUAGCCAAUGCUGUAUAAAUAUUUAUGUGAAGUCAGCAGUACAUAAUGUGUACUGUAUUUGUAAUACUCUGGUUUUGCCCAGUCAUGUUGUUUUCUAAAGCCAUGAAGCCAACUCACUAUAAGUACAGAUAGAACACCUUUAUGUAGUUUAUGUUGUUAAAGGAUUAUAAUACAAGAUCCAUCAUGCACCUAGUUGCACAGCCUGGCUUGUACUGGAUACGCAUGACUGUCUAUAGUUUUUGCACUCUCAGGACUUCUUCCUAGAUUUUCCUUUUAAAACAGAGAAGUUGCAGUGUAUCAUGCUGCAGGUUGAUGAUACUGUGUGUUUUUCUGUAUUGUCAGUGUUUUUACAACUUUGUCUAAGCUGCAGGAAGACCUACAAGAUUGAAUGUUACUGCAAGGUGGAACUUUACCACCUGUAACUUCCCACUGCAGCCUGCAUUCUCUGUAAUGCUGCUCCUGGGUAUUGGAUUCUCAGGAGCAACAUUGGGGGGGGGGGAGUGUCUUACAUAAGCAAGAAAAGACUUAAGACUCAACCCAAGAUGUUUUACAGCUUAAUCCCAAGCAUGUUUACCUGUAAGUAAGUUCCAUCACUUUCAAUGGAGCAAUAUGCUGAUAACUGCUUAGGUUGCACACAAGGCUGUUUGAAUCUGUUUAUAUAAAGCAACGUGAACUGAAGAAGAAUGUACAAUAUUGGCACCUUAGUUUCAUGUGCCCAAAUAUUCCACCUUGGGGAUUUUAUUUACACUGACACUCUUCUGCUUGGUCUACAUGUGUUAACUGAGGAAUAAUAAGCAAAACAGACCACUACUUUCCAAAAUAGAAUUAUACCGUGACAUAUUUAACGCAGUCAUAUAAAAAUACCUCAUUGCUUUCAGGCAGGGAGAAGGAAAUUUUCAUCUCAGCUAUCAGACCAGGAGUAUCAUUGAUUGUUUCUCUUUUAACCAAGGUGCUCUGAUAAUCCUUUUCCAUUUAAUUACAUUAUGCAAAUGCUGCAAGGCUUGCAACUGAAAGAAUGUAACUGUGUGGCUUCUAUUGCACUUUUGACAGUUUAAAUGAGCUGCUAUGAUGUGGCCUUGAUCUAAGCAAUCUGUCCUACACACUGCAACUUGUCUACAGAUCACAUAAUAAAAUUUUUGGCUUUUUCCUUCCCAAAGAUGCAAAGGUGUACAGAUAUUCAAUGGAGUUUCAUGAUGUACUCUAAUUUUAUGUGGAGGUAGUUAUGCAUCCUGUUUAGAUGUUGCACCUCUCUUCUUCGACAGAGCUGGAAAAUAAAUCAUGAUAUUUCUGGUGUUGUGUGUGCGAAAGACUGCAGAACAUUUGGAGAAAGACUGAAAUUCAGUAAAUAUUUUAUGCAAGUUUAUCCAGCCUAUGAAUAACCAUUGUUUAAUAUCAAUAUAUCUUCAAAAUAAAUCCUGGUUUAUGACUAGGUUAAUUAGAAUAGGUAUAUUUGAUAUUAGUAAAUAUUUAAGUAAAUAUUUUAAGAUACUUUUAAUACCAGAAAGCUUUUUUUAAAAAAAUAGCUUUGAAUGACCAUGCUAAAGUUAUCUAAUAUAAUGCCUUUUAAAUCUGGGGGAAAAUACAGUCGAACAGGAUGGCUUGGAGACUGAGCAGUGGUGCCCUGAAUGUAUAGGCUUAUAUGUAUGUAAAAGUCAAAUAUCUAUACUAGCCCACCAGUUCUCAAAAACUGAAUAAAGGGCUUGAAGGCUACUUCAAACACAAACA